CCUCUCUCGUCCACCGCCGCCAUGGACGCAAAGCUCAAAGCACUCAAGGUCGUCGACCUCAAGGACAUCCUCACUCGCGCAGCCGUCUCCAUCCCCAGCAAGUCCAACAAGAACGACCUCAUCGCGCGCAUUCUCGCGUCUCCCGCCGCCCUCGACGUGUACAACGCGCAGCACUCGCCGAAAGCACCCGACGCGGUGCCCGGCCAGCCUGAAAAACAACAGACGCAGCCCGAACGCGACGAGGUAGUGUGUCUUUCCGUCUUCCUGUCGCGGCGUGCUAAGGUAUAUUCUGUAGCUACCUUCCGAGCCAGCCCCACAACUUGCUCCGCCUCUGCCGCCCAAAAUACGCAUCCCCCUUCUCCUGCACGUCCACAGGUGGCAACGUCGCCGCCAUCAAAGCCCGCAUCAUCCGUUGCACACGCCUCGCCUUCCACAGCGGUAGCAUUGGCUUCUAAUGCCACUAGCACGCCCAAAUCCGCGGAAGACGAAGAGUUCGAAAGGAGGAAGGCGCGAGCAGCGCGAUUCGGUCUUCCGUUAGUCGAGCCAACGAAGCCGUCCGCUGAACAGAUCAAGCCGGCCAAGAGCGCAAAACUUGCUGCCCCAUUGCUCGACGACCCGAACAAGCUCGCCGCUCGUGCAGCACGGUUCGGCACCGGGCAGCCUGCUGCAGCGCAGACUACUACCGUCCAGACGAACGGCCGGAAGCGCAAUGCGCCUCCGGUGGAAGCUGCCGAUGAGGAGGAGUUGGAGAAGCGGAGGAAACGUGCAGAGCGCUUUGGGACAUCAGUAGUUGGCACAAAGGCUUAG